AUGUCGAAACCCUUAUGGUUCUCUGGUGGGAAUUCAACUCGAACAAUAGAUUUCACUGUGAAUUUAUUUUAUUUCUUGAAGGUUAGCGUCGUGGCUCCCAUUAUUAAGAAACCAGGGGCCGGUUCCACUACAAAAAGUGGGACUGGCUUCGGGUCCAAAAGUUCCAGCUCACUUGGGAGCAGCAAAAGCAGCAGUGGUGGGAAAAGCUCCAGCGGAUUCGGGUCCAUUAGUAAAAGCAGCAGCAAGAGCUCUACCUCAUCCGGUCUAAGGACUGCUAGCUUUAUACCAGCAGUCUCGAAAAGCAGUGAUAAAAGUUCUAACUAUUUCGGAACAAAUACAAAAACUUCAAAUUCAGUAGAUCACAGUAUUUUAAACAUCAGUAAAAAUUACAAAAGUCCCAGUUACCAGACGGAGAGUAAACAAGGAAGAAGCCCUAGUUUUUUGGGUUCCAGUGGCAAAAGUGAGAAGAGCUCUAAUUAUUUGUCAACUGACACCAAACAUGACAAACCCUUUAAUUAUGACAAAGAUUCGUCUGACAAAACUUCUAGUUACUCAAGCCGUAGUAAAAAUCCAGACAAAACUUCCACACCGUUGGUUUUGGGAGGGACUAACUCCAGCGUUUUCGCCUCCAGUUCCAAUAAAAGCUAUCCAUCAACAUCGUACAGCUCACCAAAGAAGAAUUCAACUACUUUUGGCUUUAUUUGGAUACCCACAAAGCGUCGUAAUAAGAAGAAGGACUACGUGCAUGUUUCCCACCACGACGAUAGAUCGAAAAAUAGAUCAGCAACCACUUAUCGAGACCUCAUGUCUGGCGAUUCUUCGACCCACCAGCAGAACAGUAAGAAGACCGACGAAGAUAGCAACCUGCUCCUGGAGCGACCAAAAGGGUCUGUAGCGACCGCUGUGAGUGGCACUCUUGUCACAGUUGAAGGGUUCCAGGACAAAAAUGUAGAAAAUGCCAACCUUGAAGAAAAGCAAGAGCAGUCAGAAUUUGUGAAGCAUGACAAAGAGGAAAUCAAUGAUGGAGCUGGAGACUUCAAAGAAGUAAAAGAUGAUAAGACCUAUUUACAGAACGAGAAAAGUAAGACUUCAAAUGCCACAUGUGACAAAGAGAAAGGUGACUUAGUAGACAGUGUUUAUCUACGGUCUCCUCCACCUCAUAAAGUCAGGUCUAACACAACAAAUGAUGACGAAGACUGUGGCAUCAAGUGCCUGUACUAUACCCUACAGUGCUGUGACUGUGUUCUCAUGUAAGUUGCCAUAACUAGUUACUAGAGUAUUUAAACUUAUUUCAAGACCUUGGCCAUGAUUGCAGCUAAAUAAUCAAUGGUUUUACUUAUAAAUUUAAAGGAAAUACAGUUUACUUACAUGCUUUUAAGUUACCGCUAAGGAUGGAUAAGUAAAGAAUGAAUUAGCUGCAGAAUUUGAAACAACUUGAUUAAAGUAUUCAAGUCAUUUUAGCCAGGUUUUUACAUUUCAUGUAUUCAUUUAUAUUGUAAAUUAUACUCUUUAUUAUUAGGUCAUAAUUUGUAAGUUUGUGAAUUUAUAUCAAUCUCAAUUAGCAUGUGUGUAGGCACUGAGGCCAUAUGGUGCAUUUUCAAACGCAAUAAGUAGGUGCAAAUUUUAGAAGUUGCAAAUAUUAAGCAUAUUAGAUAAGUAUACAAAAUUCAAUGUUUUUAAUAGUAUUAACGAGUAUACACAAAUUGAUAUACAAUGUGAAAACAUGUCAAAAUACAGUGGUAUAAAGUAGAAAAUAAAUGAAGCGUUAGUUGGCAUUGUAUAAAUAGGCGCAUUAUUUAAAGUAUUAGAUCAAAUUAUUUGUACUUGGAUUUAACUUGAAUGAUGAUGGACAUAUUCUCUUUAUAUUUUAAUAUAUACAUUUUUUAUAUUUUCCUAAUUUUGUAAUAAUUUUACAUUUUAUGUCGAUGAUGGACAUAGUUAUUCUUAUAUGCGAGAUGACGAUAGACGUUUUAUUCUAAUACUUACGUCCCCGACGAACAUUAAUAUCUUCAAAUUUUAAAUGUCGAUAAUGGACAUUAUCUAUUUACUUUUUAGGAGUCACUGAUGGACAUAAUUUUUCUUUAUGCGGUAUCCUCAUUAUUCUGGUUGAUGAUUUGACUCUCGUUACUGGCAUUGACUGCUUAUUACUUCUUCGUCUUAUUAGUCUAUCAACUUGCGCCGUGAAUAUACUUUUCGGUAUCCUUAGGUUCUACUCUUAAACAUCUGCAACACCAAAGUCCAUGUGAAAGGUCCCUGUAAACUUCUAUUUCUAAUUGUUUAUUUAUUUUAAGGCUAUUAAUUACUGCACUAUCAACGAGACACAUUCCAUUGGAUGCUGCGCCAGCGGUAUUUUCUUUGUGUGUUAUAGCUCAUGACUCGAAUGUCAAAGUUUCAAGUUGCGGGACGACGCUGCUCUCGGCAUUUGUUAUGCUGUCAUUAAACUUACUAAUCCUUCACAGGAUUCAUUUGGAGAAUGUUCCGUGCUCAAGUGCUUUUUAAAAAUUUCAUCAGUGAUUUAACUAAUUUUAUUAGGAACAUUUAUUUCAUUUCUGCAUUUGUUCUGUAUGACGGUAAGUUUUUGUUGGCAUGGCUUGUCUUUCCAGGACUCUAGCACCCGGGAGAUUAUUGCCAUUUCAAAUGAGCUGCUUUCUCUUGCUGUAGUGCGGUGGGCAUCAUUACGAUUUUUCUGGACUGGAUGUUUGUGACUAUGUGCACAGUUGACCUGUUGGUUUGUUGACUUUUUCACUCUAGGCUGACAUUAUUUUUUAGUUAGUAAGUUUACCACAUUGCCUGCAAUUCUUCUAUUCCGGCAAUGUUUCUUCUGCAACAUUUCUUCGUUUUACCGUAGUGUCCAUAGUUCUUUUAAUUGGGUAAUCUUUCUUCCAGCAGACAUAGUACUACUAGUUCUUUAGUCAUGUAGUGUUUCUGUUUGAACGGGCUGUGUUCUUCCAGUCGGACAGUAUUUUUCUUGCUGGAGUUUUUAAUGGUUGCAGUAGUUAGUCAGAUAGUGUUCUUCCAAGGUCACCAGUGUACCACUGUGGUAUAUGGUAGAAAUUAAUGAGUCGUUGGUUGAUAGAUUAUCAUGUUUAUUAUUAUUAUGAUAAUGGGGAACCUUGUUUAAACUGAUCUGAUACACGCGUCUUUACGCUAUCUCACACUAUUUUAUUGGAUAUGAGAAAAGAACCUCUCCGCAUGACGUACCAUUCCGAUCCCAUACGUCUGGAGUUACAUUACGUCGAUUGGCAAAGCCUUUCAUCAUGAUAGCCAACAUUAAAUUUUGCCAUCGAUAUGAUAAGAACAAGAUCAUUACUGUGCUUGCACUAAGACUUGCAUCAAUAUCAAAAGAGAAUUUGUCAUGAGUAACACAUUUCUACAAUAAAAUUAUAACAGGCAUAGAAACAGCAGUACUUGUUUGUGACGCACACCUUGGUUGUGGCAUACAAGAAGCAUACUAGUGAUCAUAAUUUUGACUAAACGAGAAGACUCCACCUUCGUCACAUGAUCGAAAUUAGUUAUUUCACAUCGUUGGUAGUGCACCCUGUGGCUUCCAGUGCACACACACAUCAUUUAGCUAAAAAAAAAUAAUAUUUAUAACUUGAUGAGCCUUUAGACUGGCGCACAGUGCCUAUCGCCUUUUAUGCUAUUUAUAACAUUGUAGUACUUUUAACUUUAGUGGUAUAACUUGUAUAGUAGUUUAAUACAACGUCCAUAUGAACUAAUUGAAAAAUAGAAAAUUAAUCCAUUUGACGAAUUUGGGAUUAAUUUUAUAUUGUAAAGUUAUAAAACAAAUUGAGGCAAAGUUUCUUGACUUCACCUGAUUGAUUAUGAAAUAACAAAUACAUUCCAAAAUACUGCCCUUAAUAAUGUGAUAUCCCAGGAAUGUUGAUAAUCGUGUAUUUUGAUAUGUGAUUGUAAUAUUUAGGCAUUGCAAUUUUAUAACAAUUGUCAAAAUUAAGAGGUGGCUCGUUUUUUCCUCUUUUAGAAAAUAAAUUCCGCAAUUGUUAUACCAGAAGAACGCCUAGCUAUGUGAUUUGUAGUAACUUUACCUAAAGUUUCUAGUGGUAUGAUCUUUUAUUGUGUAUACUUUGUAUAAGUGACCAGUCUCCGAAUGGACCACUGGUCUAGUAAUUAGAUAUAGACAAACAUAUUUUUUAAAAUUUACGCAUUUUGU